AUGCAUGAUGCUAGGAUAUUCAAUUCUUCAUCGAAUAAAACAAUGAAUCAGAACGAUGAAGCAGGUAAGCUGAAGAUCAAACCUUUGAGAACGAACCAAAGGCGAGUAAUAGGAGCAUCAAAAUCUUCAUCACAUAUGGGCUCACAUGUUGGUACUACUUUAAUUAUAGGCAAGAAUUCACAUUCUACUUCUCAUGGCGUACGAAAUAAUUCACCAGAAAAUACAAUUGUGAUUGGUAGGCGUAAUUUCAGUGAUGGUCAAAUCGAAUAUACAAAGCCAGCUAGUCAUUCUAACAAAUUCAAAAAAGAUAGCAUACUAAGAGACCCUAAUAUCGAUUCGAAUGUGGAAGCUUCAAAAAAACUUUCCGAACAGAUUCAAUUGACUGUCUGGUUUCAUGAACCACGAACUUCUACAGAGGAUGUUAUAAUCGAUGCAAGUGUAAUUCCUGGAUUAAAAGAAGGUGAUAUUUGUGAAUUGGUACCGUUGAAUACGUUUAAACCCCAUAAAAAACCCAAACGAUUAAUCUUCAUUAUUAAAAAUCAGUCGCUAUUAUCUAAAAGUUCAAGCUUACAUACAUCCAAUAACAACAAUAAUGCCGGGGCAACAACCUCAACUUUAUCAGCUAAUAAUAACAAUACAACAAAGACAAAGACAAAUUUCCAAAUUUCGUUGAUUUCAAACCCUUUACAGAAUUUAAUGGAUUUACCACCAAGAAGUUUGGUUCAAUUGAAAACAAUAUUAGACGUUGAAUCUAUUGAAGCAGAUACAAUCGAAAUAUUUAUUAAGGACAUAAAUCUUUCAAGAGAUUUGAUGUGGACAUUUUCUUCGUCAUUGGUAGGUACUUGCGUUUAUUCUGAAAAAAGGCUUACAUUCCUUAGCAAUAGGACAGGGGUAGUAAAAAAAAUUUAUAAGAAUGGUAAUGAGUUAUUUUCAGCAUUGAUUUGUGAGAAGACAAAAGUUGUAUUUCGAUCGAAGAGUGCCAAAUUGGUAUUUCUAGUCCAAUUAUCUCGAGAAAUGUGGCACUUUGAAGAGACAGGUGAAAUAAUGUUUCAUAAGCUAGUCAAUACAUUAUUCCCUAAAAUUUUCAAAAAAUGGAGAGAUAAGAAUACUCACCAUGCGAUAACUAUUGUUCUAUUUACAAGCGUUGACUUAACAAAUAUUCCAUGGACCUCUUUAGGCCAAGGAGAAAGACCAAACAAUAGACGAGAUUAUUUUAGAGUUGUUGUUGAUCAGGUUAGUAUCUUUCAUUGGGAUAGAAUCAUGGCUAAUUUGAGAUUAGAAUUUGCAAAUUUCAAAAGAGAUAUUAUGCUUAAUUGCCAACCUGAAAAUAAUGGAAAAUUCACAAUGGCAGGCCAAUCUUUACCAUCUGUUAAGGGAAAUGUUCUAGAAGCUAUUAAUGUUGGGAUACAUUUGGUGAAUGAUAGGUUUAAAAACACUGAUUUAAAACAUUCUUUAAACCAUUUCAUAUUGGUCACUCCAGGAACAGGUCUAUUUGAUGUGGACUAUAGCUUGAUGCACGAAACUAGUAAAAAAAUGUUGAGCAUUGAUUGUGCAUUGGAUAUAGUUUGCUUGAGUCAACCACCUUUACAUAUCGUGCCUCUAUUUCGUUACAGAGAUCCAUCGAAAGACGGUCAAAUAUCCCAUUGUGUCCCACAUUGGUGUGAUAUAUCUUUUUACAAAGAUAGCACAGCCAAUUCUACACAAUGGAUACCGCAUUGUAAAAUCUAUGAAUUACAGAUGAUGGGUGUUAUGGAAAAUGAGAUUAAUGAUGUUAAGAUUGAGAGAUACAGAGUCCCUAAUGAGGCGAAAUCAAUGGUGGAAGCUAUGGACAAGUAUGAUUCUGAUGUUUUCAAACCUGUAAAUAAAGAUUCGGAUUCAAAAGUGACUCGAGAAUUAUCAUCUUCACCGGAGCAAUCAACAAUAAAUAGUAAGACAGGAACUCCUAAAGAAAAUUCCAAGCCAUUAUCGUUAAUAUGGAAUAAUAGAACUUCUCUACUACCAAAUUCAUCAACUGCGAGGAUUGACGUUUCCACAACCAAUUCUUCGGUUCUUGGUACAGUUGCAAAUAGCGGAAAAGAUGUAUCAGCGCUUUCUUCGUUGUACACAUUGAAUAAGACAUCUGCAGACAAGUCAGUGGUACAUGCUCCAUCAAUUAGAGCUGAUUCACGUAAAGGCGUAAAAGAAAAUGUUAGUCGAGAUAGAAAGGAAUUCAAUGAAAUUACAAGAACAAAGCUUCGGCCAAGGUUACAGAAGACAGAAGAAUUUUACAAAAGCGACGACAGUGUCAGCAAUACAUCAAAGCUGCGAGAUAUAUUAGAUUCCAAGUCCAGGAAUAAACAAAGCUCAACAAAAGUAGAGGAAGAAUUUGAAACGUUGACGAACUUGUUGUGGACUGAAAUUCGUAACCCUUCUAAAGAGCUGCAUUCUGAUAUGUUAUCCUUCCUUCGUUUGAGUAGGUGGAAUGACAUAUUUCCUUCUAACAUAAAGAGAAGACUAGUUAAAUGGAGAUCCUUUGAAUCACCUGCUGCCUUACCAGUCACUACUUCUAUUUUCCCAUCAACAAAACAAUUAGAAACAGACUAUUCUUUUCAAAUUUAUAGCGUCUUUCUAAAUUCGGAAAAUGAUUUGGAAAUCGAAAGUACUCACGACCUAAUGAGGGAAAUGAUUCAAUUACGUCUAUUGUUAGGAUUUCAAAUUUGCUAUAGUGACCAAGUUAAAAAAUUUGAAUCGAGUAGAAAACCCGGUGGAAAUGCAGAAAGCUUAAUUAAAUACUUUCCGAAAGGUAGUUGUUAUGGUUCACGAAUCUAUAUGUCCUUGGACGACGAAAUACACAGGAUAUCCUGUGAUUAUAAUGGAAAUCUAUAUGUUCAAAUGUAUAGAAAGAUUGAAGAAUUGAAGCAUUCAAGGUUAUUAGGUUCGAAGGAUUAUAGACAGCAAAGUUAUGUUCCCUUAAUUCGAACAAGGUAUGUUGACGAAUAUGCUCCUGCUAAAUUUGAUUUUAUUAAUACUAAACCACUUAAAUAUAAUUGGAACCAAUUUGAUCAGUUAAUAGCAGGUUAUGACGAUGCAAUUCCACCGGAAAAAAGGCAAUUUCACAAGAUGAAAUUCGUUGUGUUACCUGCUAAUAUACCUAAAAACGCAUAUUUCAUAUCUAAUGAGAAUUUAACAGACGAAGAGAUUCGUGUUGAAGGUUUACGUAAGUUGAUUGGAUUGAUUGAAAGAGGAAAAUUUGUUAAAUCAGACGAUAAAGAAUCUAAAAGAAAGGAAGAAAUUUUGCCUGAGAUCAGUUUUUACACAGGUAACUUAUACGAGUUCUUGAGCGAUCAAGCGGAAACCUACGAUGCAACUGGUAAUGAACCAAGUAAUUCUUUAAUGUUGGGAGAAAAUAUGAGAUUUACAAAGAGCAUAAAAUUGAGUCAACUAGCGCAAGAGUUACAAAGUCCUACUGGUGUUAGGUUGGUAGAUAGAACAUGGCAUUUCAAAAGACAUCUUCACUGCUUUUUAGGUAACGAGCUUGUCUCAUGGUUUAUUGAAUGCUUUGAAGAUAUAGAUAAUAGAAAUGAUGCUACUAGUUAUGGUCAAUCAUUAAUGGACAGAGGAAUGAUCAAACACGUUGAAAGUAGACAUGGGUUCUUGGAUGGAUAUUAUUUCUAUACUUUUGAGGGCGAAUAUAUUGACAAAAACUACAAACCUGAACGAUUGAAUAGUGGAUGGUUUAAUAGAAAGAAGAAUUCAAGCGAAAAAGGCUCAGCAGUAACGUCACCUACAUACACAAGGAAUAAUUCAGAUACCGAGUCAGCAAAAUCUCCAGUUUUCCCAGUCCAAGAUAACCUUGAUUUGAGGAAAAUCACUUCAAAUUCAAUAGGCCAGCAUAUGUAUGACUCUGAGACAUCAUCGAUGGCUGGUUCUUCAACCAAAACCAAGCAGAAAAAGAAAUUUAUCUUAAGUAGAUCAGUCAAGUUUAAUGCUGAUCCUUUGAAAAAGUCGUUUAGGCCCGAAAUUGUUACUGUACAUUAUGAUAGGGUUCACAAUCCAGAACACUGUUAUCAUAUCCGGCUUCAGUGGCUUAAUACUACGAAGAAGUUCAUAGACGAUGCUAUAUUAAAUUGGUCAAGGCUAUGUGAAAGGCAUGGUUUAAAGCUAGUUGAAACUCCUUGGCUUGAAUUAUGUACUAUACCUCAAGUAAAUCCAUUCCAUUCGUUUGUUGAUUUGAAGUUGGUUAUAAAUCCGUGGACUGAUCCUGAAUUUCUGGAUCCUAACAUUUUGAAAGAUAACAAAUUCUAUUAUCACUUAUACUUGAUGAAAAAAUCUGACUUCUUACUAGACAAUAGAUCAACUGUUUUCUUUCUGAAAGACCACAUCGAAAUUUCCUAUAGCUGGGGUAAACCAAUUUUCCAAUAUGCUCAGUAUAUUCACAAGACAGGUGCUUACAUAGUUGAAUUACGAGAUAAUGGUGACUUGUUCUUGGCUCCUAACAACAUACAUAUCACUAGACUAAACACAUCUCUUUCAUCCGUUCCAGAACAAGAUUACCUCAAGUCUUAUAAAAUGGAUUCUCAAAAAGUGAUGUUGAAAUUUAGAUCAGCUUGUACAAAUGAGAAAAUACUUCGUGGUAUUUUUAAAGAGGCUAAAGAAAAUUGGAGGGAAAAAUGUCUGGAAGUUGUAUUACCAGCAAUUAAUUAA